CAAGCACGCCCCGCCUCACGAGCGAUCCGGCCCGCCUGUGGGUUGGGCUCCGAACUGCGCCGCUGGCUCCUUCUUCCUGCUCCUUCAUCCUCUGCUGGGCCCAGAGGACGCUGCGGGAGUCGGCAUCAUGACUGUAACGAGGCUAGCUCGGUUGCUUGGCUACUUCCCGGCCACCGCGUGGAGAGCGGCAAGAUCACCACUUGUGUGUUGUUCCGUGAGGAAAAUGAGUUCUCAAGGAGAAAAAUCCAAACCCAUCAAACAGUCUCAUAAGAAGCCAAAGUUACCAGAAGGUCGUUUUGAUGCACCAGAAGAUCCUAAUUUAGAGAAAGAACCACUGACAAAAUUUCCAGAUGAUAUUAAUCCUGUUACCAAAGAAAAAGGUGGACCCAGAGGCCCAGAACCUACCCGAUAUGGAGAUUGGGAACGAAAAGGACGCUGUAUUGACUUUUAAGCCAUAUAUUAUUAAUUUCAGUAUCUUUUUCUGAAUAUGUACAUCUGAAUUAAUUUAUUUCUUAUUAUUUUCUCUCUGUAUAUCCUUUAAGUCAUUUAAUCUCUAUAAUGUGUUUAAAAACACAAAUAGGGGUGCCUGGGUGGCUCAGUCAGUUAAGCUUCCAACGUCGGCUCAGGUCAUGAUCCCGCAGUUUGUGGGUUUGAGCCCCACAUUGGGCUCUGUGCUGACAGCUCGGAGCUUGCAGCUUGCAGCUUCAAAUUCUGUGUCUCCCUCUCUCUCUGCCCCUCCCCUGCUCAUACUCUGUCUCUCAAAAAUAAAUAAAAAUGUUUUAAAAACCCACAAAUAAUGCCUUGAAAGGAAAUAUGCUGCUAUAAAUUAAGAAAGGGGAAAUAUUUCUACAUUAGCACAUUAAUUUUAAUUUAAAUAUAUUGGAGUAUAUAAAAGAUGAUUAGAGCUGCAUAUUUCAUCAUACUGCAUUUUAAAUUAAUCAGCUGCUUAUAAAGUACAAAUGUAAAUAAAACAAGUUUUAAUGAUUUUUAUUGCUAUAUGCUAGGUAAUAGUGCUUUUUGAAUGUGAGUUAAAUAACACAUUAUAGUUUUAUAAGGCCACAGUAACAACAGAAAGUCUAGCUCCAGAGACAGAUUACUUAGGUUCAAAUCCUGGCUCUGCUACUUACUAGCUGUGUGACCUGAGGUAAGUUAUUCAGCUUUUCCACACCUCAGCAUCUUCAUGUGUAAAUUGGAGAUAAUACUGCCCUUUUUGGGCAGUUGAGAACUUUAAAUGAGUAGGUACAUGUACUUGGAACAGUGCAUAGCACAAACCUCUCAUUAAGUGUUAGCUAUCUGUAAAUCAUAAAUGUAUUUUUCCAAGUCUCUAGGCUUUCUGGGGGGAAAUAUUUAGAAACUAAGUUUGAAAUACUUUAAUUGAAAUUGUUUUAUGAAUAUAACAUUACAAAAUCAUUAGUAAGAAAAUUAGUGAUUUUUUGCACCGAUGAACUGAGCAGAAAUAUCCACUAGUUUGUUAAAACAAAAUUUAGGUACAGAGGGCCAAUUUGUGACAAAAGCAGGGGAUGAAAUGGGCCAGCUUGGUCAGUUUUGAUGACUCAAAAGCUCUUGUCCUGUGGCCUUUGGAUAACUGGGUCAGGAAAAGUCAAGGCCAGUUUAUAGACAUGGAAUGGAAAGGAAGAAUAGAAAUUGCUGGGCUUGCCUGUGGCAACCCAUGCUGGCCUCUGGCCUUACUCUGUCACAGGGAUUGGGCCUUCAGCCCCCCAGGCUACAUUGAAAUUACCUAGGAAGAAGGGGUUUGCACGGCCUGUAGAAGAUAAUGCAGUGGGCUGAUGAUUGUGUGACAUGAAUUAUAAGUGUAGUAUUAUCUGAGAAGACUGUAGGAGAUUUAUUUACGUAAAUAAACUUUUUGUAAUGUGUGUUCUCAGAAACAAA